AUCCAUAGCGAAAUGUUAUCAAACGUCCGACCCUCCUUCAGAGCACUACUGUUACGCUCUGGAUUCUGCAGCAAAACUCUCAAAGUCCGCAGUGACUUUCUGUCAAGUUAAGGCGAUAGCGGCACGCGACUUUUGGACUGCUCAAAUCACAUCUCCUCCCCAAAGCGCCACGAGCAAGCAACUUAGAAUCGCUUGCGUCCGAAUAUUCAACACACAACUUUCUUUUAGAAAAGAAUAUCAUGGCUUCAACGGAGGUUAAACGUAUAGCAUCAGACUUCUGCAGCCACUGCUUGCUUGGGAACAUUCAUGAAGGUGAAAGUCGUGGCAAGAUUGAAAUUAUCGAAGACACGCCGACAUACGUAACAUAUCCGCAGCCUGGGAGAAGCAAUGGCCACGUACUCUUCUACUUCCCGGAUAUCCAUGGUUUCUACAACAAUUCGCUGCUGCUUAUGGACGCUUUUGCCGACGCAGGCUACAGCGUCUUCGGUAUUGAUUACUUUCGGGGCGAUCCCAUUUGGAAGCAUCAGAAGGACAAAGAUGACAAGACCACGGAUCCCGCAUUCGAUCGAGCAGCAUGGAGAGAACGGCACUCGUCAUACGCUCAAAAGCAAUGUCCAAAGUGGAUGCAAGCGAUAGCGUCGAGAUAUUCCAAGGACUCAACAAAAUUCGCAGCUGUCGGAUACUGCUUUGGGGCUCCAUACGCAAUGGAGGCGAUAUCUUUAAACGGGCUCGCCUCUGCAGGAGCUUUUGCGCAUCCAACUGCACUGACUGAAGAGCAGUUCAAAGCCAUCACACGACCUCUGAUGCUUAGCUGCGCAGAGAACGACCACGCCUUCCCAGCAGACAAACGACGCAGGGCGGAAGAUAUCUUAAAGGAUGAAGGCAAGAAAUAUCAUGUGCAACUGUUUCAAGGAGUCAAUCAUGGUUUUGCCGUAAGGUGUAAUCUCGAUGAUCCGUACGAGAAAUAUGUAAAAGAGCAGAGUUAUCGAGGGAUUGUAGAAUGGUUCAACUUUUGGUUGACCCAAUAAAUGAUCGACAAGCUCAGGCCUCCAUGAUGGACUAAACUCAACAGUGCAAUGUGCAAGCGAACCGGGGGGGCACAAUCCUCAGGCUUUGGAUAGAUAUGCCACGUCUGGGGUUGGGUUUGAAAAUGCCUCCCGUCCCAAAUCUUGAUCAUUACAACCCGUACACCACGAGCAAGCCUACGACACCUCCCAAAGCGCCAUCUCUGGUGAUCUGGCCUUUUUUUCGAAGCAGUUUGUCAAAAUUAUGAAUAAUGAGUCACGUUUGCGCUUUGGUACGCAGAUCUUUUUGGAAAAGGACCGUAGCGUAGUUCAGUCUUGAUGUUGGUACUUUAGUUCGUCUGGUCUGACAAUUUUAUCAACGCAGCAAGUCAAGUUUUACUGGUCGCCACUAAAACUAGAACGUGCAUGUCAGCAGAAGUGCAAUCUCUGGGAGCGACGCAUUGCCUCGUCGUCAAAAUUGCG